AUGAGGGGGGCGCGGGCGGGAGUGGGCGCUGGCUGCAGCGGCAGGAGGUGGGACGGCAAGCCUAUAAUUUUCGGGCUUCAGAACUUUGAUAGGAGCAGUGUUGCAUAUGUUGUCACAACUGUAGAUAAGGUGUUUAACCAAAAUUUGUCUGAAUCGGUGGAAAUAAAGCUGUUAUUGGUCUACUCAACCUUAUUCAUGAUCAUGUUACAAGUCCAUUACUUAUCAGCCACCAUAACAAACUUGCUGCAGGGAGGUGCAACCCAUGUUGACAUAGCAUGUGACAAGGACUUAGUAAAGCUUGCCAUGGAUCUUACCAACCUUCCGAUCUGUGUCUCAUCUGUAGAUCCUUCAGGGUUCCAUUCUGCAGUACAAGCAGGAGCUAAAAUGGUUGAGAUUGGAAACUAUGAUUCUUUUUAUGAGAUGGGCAUUGAGUUCUCCUCUGAGCAGAUACUGAAGCUAACAAGGGAAACAAGGAAGAUGCUUCCAGUCAUCACCUUAUCAGUAACAGUUCCUCACACACUUAGUUUGCCAGAUCAGGUAUAUCAUCAUCCCCAAUCACUGACCUUAAGACAGUGUAUAGCGGUUAUUGUGGUGGUUUAA